AUGGGUGAUCUUCAAGUCGUUGGCGGAAUCAAGAAACUCAACAACCGGAGCUACAAUUCUUGGUCCACCUGCAUGAUGUCUUAUAUGCGGGGCCGGGAUUUGUGGGAGGUUGUGAAUGGAAACGAUGUGAGACAACCGGAGGCUGAAGAUGCGAAUGGGACAUUGCGAAAAUGGAAGAUUAAAGCGGGCAAAGCCAUGUUCGUUUUGAAGACGACGGUUGAAGAGGAUGUGCUAGAGCAUAUACGAGAUGUGGAUACUCCCAAGGAAGCUUGGGAUACGUUUGCCAAUCUGUUCUUUAAGAAGAACGACACGAAGCACCAACUUUUAGAAAGUGAGGUGUUGUCGGUGAUGCAGCGUGACAUGACGGUCACACAGUACUUUCACAAAGUGAAGACGCUAUGCCGAGAGAUCACCGAGUUGGAUCCGAAGGCUCCUAUUGGCGAUACUAGGAUGAAGCGAAUCAUCAUCCAUGGUUUGAAGCCAGAAUUCGGGAGUUUUGUCGUUGCCAUACAAGGAUGGCAAAUUCAGCCGUCACUUGUCGAAUUUGAAAAUUUGCUAGCUGGUCAAGAAGCCUUAGCUAAGCAAAUGGGAGGAGUCUCAUUGAAGAAUGAAGAAGAGGCACUCUAUGCCUACAAAGGCAAGUGGAAUUCCAAGCACCAUGCUUACGGUGGAUCUAAAAAGAAUGAUGACAAGGUGAGGAGUCAUCAAGGUGAAGACAAAGUGAGAAGUCAUCAAGGUGAAGGGAGCGUUCGCUCAUGGAAUGGUUCUAAGAACCGUGGCAAUAGCCAAAAAUUUGAAGGGAAGUGCUACAACCGCUAG